UCAAAACAUCUUCUUCAUUAGUACCAUUUUCAAUUCAUUCAUGUAUAGUUGAUGAAAUAUUAGGACUUCUGAGCUCUUUUUGAGGUUCCCAAAUGCAUUGUCUUUGCUUUUCUUUAAUAGCCACUCAUAUCUUCUUCUCCAACAACUUUGUUCUGUUCAUUUCUGUCACCCUUUGAUAUUGGCUUAAAAAAAAAUUCUUCUAGUCUUUUCAGCAAUGAGAAAACUUCAUGUUCUUUCACUCAUCUCAAGUUAUUGUCUAUGGAUUCUGGCAUUUGCAUUUAGUUUAGCCCUGUUGGGAGCGAUUUCGAGGUCAAACCAGAACAGAUUUUCUGGAAAAGUCAAUGAGUUUCAAGUUCCAAUAACCAGAAUCCCAUCAAAAGAGAAAGGGCACCCUCCUGUUCUUGCUUAUUGGAUUUAUGGAACUAAUGGAGACAGUGAGAGAAUUAUGAGGCUUUUAAAGGCCAUAUAUCAUCCAAGAAAUCGGUACCUUCUCGAGCUUGAUUCUGGUUCUUCACACAAUGAAAGAGAGAGUUUAGCACUUUCUGUUCAAUCAGAAAAAGUAUUUCAAGCCUUUGCCAAUGUUGAUGUUAUUGGGAAGAGCUAUGCACUCAACGAGAUUGGAUCGUCAGCUCUGGCGGCCGCACUUCGCGCUGCAGCAUUGUUUCUCAAGAUUAAUGCAGAUUGGGACUGGUUUAUCACACUAAGUGCUGCUGAUUAUCCACUCAUGACUCAGGAUGAUCUUCUCCAUGCUCUCACUUUCUUGCCAAGGAAUCUCAAUUUCGUUCACUACAACGAAACUCGCUGGAAAGAGAGACGAACUGCGAAUCGAAUCGUUAUAGAUCCGAGUUUGUACAAUAGAAAAAGCAGUCCAAUUAUGUAUUCUGUAGAGACUAGGGAGACACCUGAGGCAUUCAAGGUAUUUGGAGGUUCUCCAUGGGUGAUACUAACAAGAGAUUUCAUGGAAUAUUGCAUCCAAGGAUGGGACAACCUCCCAAGAACACUACUAAUGUACAUAAGCAAUGUGAUUUACCCUCUAGAGUCCUACUUCCAAACACUGCUAUGCAACUCACCCAACUUCAAAAACACCACACUCAACAACCCCCUAAGCUACACACUUUGGGACCCCAUUUUUGAGGUACCCCAACUUCUCACCAUCUCACACUUUGACCAAAUGGUGUCAAGCGAAGCAGCCUUUGCGGCGCCAUUCGAAGCCAACAAUCCAGUGCUAGACAAGAUCGAUCGGACCAUUCUAAACCGCACUCUCGAGGGCUUUGUGUCUGGACAAUGGUGUGGUUUUGAAGAGAACGACAAGAGCUUAUCAUCAUUGGAGUUGGGUUGUAAGAGUUUGGGGAGCAUUGACAUUGUCAAGCCUGGUUCAGCUGGGGUUGACUUGGAAGUGUUGUUGACCAAACUUGUUGAAGAAGAUGAGAGGUUUGGAUCUUCUCUUUGUUUGGAAGACAAAGACACUAGUAGUGAUUUGACAAAGUAGAAUAGGUGGUUACAAGUUGAAAAAUCAUUGGCCAUUUGCAUAUUUUUGAGAAAAAAAAGUGUAGAUUUAUAAUUAGCAAAUAUAUAUUAUAAAAUAAAAUUUUAGUUGAGGCAAAUUGAUAAAUAUAAAAGGCCAACUUUACUUAUAAUUUU